AUGGCCUUAUCUACAACCCAGCUACACUGGGGACGACUACUAUUAGUUACGCUUGGGGUUUUCAUCUUGUUUUAUAGGAUAUGGCCAGCCUCGCGCGAGCAUUUUUCUAUUAUCAAUCCCCAGCAGGCUCGGGACGACCUUAUGGUCAUCGAAAAUCAAACAUUGGGAUUCGGGAAAAUUUUUGCCAUCAAUCUACCGAGCCGGCCGGAUAAGCGGGACAACAUUGUUCUGGGCUCGUCGGUCUGCAACUUCCUAGUUGACUGGAUUGAUGGUGUACUUCCAGAAGAACUCAGCUCCAAGUCUUACCCUUAUAACUGGAAUCAUGACCAUAAACCGGCUGAAUACGCUGCCCGUCGGGCACAUAUGAAUGGGAUGCAACGCAUUGUCGAUAAUAGGAUAGGUAGCGCAAUUAUCAUGGAAGAUGAUGCUGAUUGGGACGUCAAUAUCAAAAUACAACUACGAAGCUUCGCGAUCGGAAUCCGGGCCCUCCAAGGCACAACCGAAACACCAACUACCUCUCCAUAUGGUGACAACUGGGACAUCCUGUGGCUUGGGCACUGCGGCAUUGAAUGCAAAACCGACCUUCCGGUUUACCAAACUCCCAAUGACCCUACCGUCCCUGAACCCCGUCAUUUCCUUCCAUAUUGGCGCGACCCACCCCCAAUCGAACGGCCCGACCACUCCCGACUUAUUUGUACCGCCAAUGACGGUGUUUGCACAAGUCUUUACGCCGUCAGCUAUCAUGGCGCACAACGGAUUCUCGCUGCAUUAUCAGUGAAUCCGUUCGGUCUUGCUGAGGAGAUCGAUAUUGGCGCGCAAUUCGACGUGUCUCUCGGCCGCAUGUGCGGAAAUGGAUAUUUGCGGUGUUUUGCGCCCUAUCCCUCCUUGACUGGGACUUAUCGCUCUGCUGGUGCUGCGGGAAAAGUUUCUGAUAUUCAUGACGAGAGCGGGGAGACGGUGGGCUUCGCUAGCUGGGGAGUUCUGUACAGCACAAUGCUAAACGUUAAGCAAAUCCUUAGGCAGGAACCUGUGCAUACCACGUGGGAUGACGUUGCGAGGCCGUGGAUUUUUCCAGACGAUAUCAACAUUGGGGAAGGGUCGAUCUACAAGAAAGGAGAAUAUGGGCUACGCCAGGUUGCCUCUGUCCCUAUUGACGAACGGCAACGACAGCAUAGAGCCACCUAUGUACGCACGUAG